AUGCUGUAUGAAGAUAUGCUGCUCGGCCGCUACGUAGAGGACGCCUGUGCUCGACUGUACUAUCGGGGAAAAACUGCCGGGUUUGUUCAUCUGUACACUGGACAGGAGGCGGUGAGCAGCGGUGUGCUGAAGCUGCUGCGGAAGGACGAUGCAGUUGCCUCAACGUACAGAGACCACGUCCAUGCAACCAGCAAAGGGGUGCCCCCCCGUGAGGUCUUCGCGGAGCUCUUCGGCAAGAAGACGGGAUGCUCUAAGGGUUUCGGCGGCUCCAUGCACAUGUUUUCCAAGGAGUGGAAUCUCUAUGGGGGGUUUGCUUUCAUAGGCGAGCAGAUUCCUGUAGCACUCGGUGUCGCCUUCAGCCAGUUGUACAGACGCCUAGCUGAGCGCGAGCUGCCCGGCGAGAAGGACCAGGUCACUGUCUGCUUUAUGGGCGACGGCACGACCAAUAUGGGGCAGUUCUACGAGGCUAUGAACAUGGCGGCUCUAAUGAAACUUCCGGUGAUCUUCGUUAUCGAGAACAACAACUGGGCCAUCGGCAUGGCGGCGCAGCGCAGCACAGCAGUGCAGGAAAUCCACCAGCGAGGCCCCCCCUUCGGCGUUCCCAGUGUGGAAGUAGACGGCAUGGAUGUCCUGGCUGUACGAGCAGCCGCCCGCCAAGCCAUAGAACGAGCACGCAGGGGGGAGGGACCAUCUCUCAUAGAAGCUCUGACCUACAGAUUCCGAGGGCACUCACUGGCAGACCCGGACGAGCUCCGCUGCACCCACGAGAAGGCGGCAUUUGCAGUGCGCGACCCCAUAAAGCACUUUGAGCAGUACAUGUUGGAAAUGGGGUAUGCAAAUGAAGAAACUUUGGAACUGACACGAAACAAGGUACGAGAUGUUGUGGAGGAGGCCGUACAGUUCGCAGACAGUUCUCCACCACCGGACCCCGCGACUGCAGGCGAUUCGACGUUUGCACCGGCAUACGAGGCAAAGGGCUUUGACCCGCUGACUGACGAGCAGCUUGCGGCUUAUGCUCAAGCCUUGAAGAUUGAACUGGACCGCGAGGCUCGAAAGGCGAAAGGGGAGCGGGCGGUACCGCCCCCAGUUGAAAAUAACCCCAACCCCCCCAUUGUCAUCGAUUGA